AUGUUUUCAACAAACCCAAACUAUAGCAAAUUAAAGACUCAUCUACGACUCUCAGUUAAUCGGUUGAAAUUGUUGGAAAAGAAGAAAACGGAGUUAGCUCAGAAGGCACGUAAAGAAAUAGCAGAAUAUAUUGCGGCAGGAAAACCAGAAAGAGCUAAGAUUCGCGUAGAACACAUAAUUCGGGAAGAUUAUAUGGUGGAGGCAAUGGAAAUAGUUGAAAUGUAUUGUGAUCUGAUCCUAGCAAGAUUUGGUCUUAUAACCCAGAUGAAAGACUUGGACGAAGGACUAGCUGAGGCAAUAUCGAGCCUAAUUUGGGUUGCACCAAGAAUGCAUACAGAUGUGCAGGAGCUCAAAAUCAUAUCUGACUUAUUGACUGCUAAAUAUGGAAAGGUAUAUGCAGAAGCCUGUCGUAGUGAGAGUGUGAAUUCUAUUAGCGAGAAACUGAGACACAAGUUGUCUGUUCAAAGCCCACCUAAGAUACUUAUUGAAAAGUAUCUUAUAGAAAUUGCAAACAAUUUUAAUGUUGAGUAUACGCCUGACGAGCAAGUUAUGAGGGAAGAAGAAGCUAGAGAUGCAAUGUUGAUAGACAUUAAUGGACCCCCUAAUCCACCGGGCUUCAUUGGAUAUCCCCAAGCACCAUCAAUGCCACAGAUGCCUAAUCUCCCACCACCUACUGUAACUCCCUUUAAUUAUCCAUCUAUGCCAUCUGGUGGAAAGGUUGGUGGUUUUAUUGCAACUCCGUCUAAUUAUGGUGGACCCAGCAAGCCAAUGUCAUACAAAGUCCCCCCUGGUGUUGACUCCAAGACUUUAGACAACUCCUUUAUACAGGAGGAAAUGAGCAAUCUUCCACCAGCUUAUGACAGCAUAGAUCACUCCUUGCCUCCAAAUGUCCCAAGUUCAAGUAAUCCUCCACAGCCCCAACCAAGGACCAAACCGCCAGCAAACUAUUUCCCGGAACUUCCGGAACUACCCUCAGUUCCGUCAGAUCUUAUUCUACCCUCGGUUCCUCAUAGUUCUAACUCCAAUGCUUCAAAUGAGCCUAAUGCACCGGAUGAGAUAGAUUUCGAAGAUCUGAACAGACGUUUUGAAGAAUUGAAAAAGAAAAAGUAA